AUGGGUGGCCUGGUCGCAUACGGCAGUAGUGACGAAGAUGACGAAGUGCAAGAAUCUAUUCCCGUAGAGACUGAAACUCCCAAGAACGUGACAGUUUCCACAGAUGGACCAGAAUCAAAUGAUGUGGAGUCAUCACAACCAUCCACAGCCACGGCACCAGAGCCGCAACCUUCACCCAGCGACGUGACAAUUGGCCCGGUCCAACAACACUCAGUCCCUUUAGGCCCCUCCCUCCCUCCGUUGGACUCCCAACGCCCCCAAGGCACCCCUUCUCAAGACGGUGACCCGUCCCAACCCCCAGCCUCACCCUAUACCGCCUCUCGCGCCCUCCUUCGCGACUUGACCCUUCCCCCCGUGCCGAAUCUUGACAUCCCGCCGUCGCCUCCCGGCUCUCCGCCCCCGGCCCUUGAGGCCAAGUUCACCCAGUUCCUCGAUCUUAAGAAGAAGGGCAUCCACUUCAAUGCCAAGCUCGCCCAGUCGGCCGCCCUUCGCAACCCGAGCCUGACGGACAAGCUCAUGGGCUUUGUCGACCUGGACGGACGCGCGGGGUACGCUACAACGCUGCCCACGGAUCUAUGGGACCCGACAUCCGAGGAGGUGCUGCCAGAGUGGGCCACGAGAACCGCGUUGAGACAAAGCCAGGAGAGGGUGCGCGCCCAGCGAGCAGGGUUGAGGAAGGGCGGAGGACCUGUGGAUUUUGUGCCGGCAGCGACUGCCGGGAUUGCUGAGGUCAGUUCUCCUGCCGGGGCUGAGCAAGGCAGUCUCUUGCGCCCAGGAAAGCGUAAGGCGGGUGCGUUUUGA